GUUUUUCUUCAAUAUGUUAGUGCCGCGAGUGAAUGUAAGCAUGGAGAAUGUGCAUAUGGCGAGGAGAUUGCUGAUUUUGGUUGCCGCAGAACUAAUCAAAAAUGUGGCGAAAAUAUGGUAUUUAGACUAAUUUCCAAAGCUGUUCGUCUUCAGAACUCAUUUCCAAUAUAUCAAUGCUGGCAACGAUGUAUUUGUGCUAAAAAAUAUUUUGCUGUAAGCAACGGGAAAUGCAUCAAAAAAGAGUUUCCUAAAUACCAAAAUACAGCUAAGGUUAAUUCUCAAAAUACAAGCGACGAAAGAAACUUCAAAAUUCACGAGAAAAUUGUCGAUUAUGGUUGUGAAAAAACUUCUAAAAAAUGUGGAACUAAUAUGAUUUACAAAACUAUUUCGAAAACAAUCUUUCUCGACUCCUCAGCUUAUUCUUACCGAUGCUUUCAAAUCUGCUCGUGCAUCGAUGAAAAAUAUAUUGAAAGGAACGGGCAGUGUGUCGAAAAGCCAAGUAACUCAUCGGAACGUUUUAGCUCAAAUGAUAAAAUUUGUUGGCUAAGAUGUCAGUGCGAAAAUGAAAGUUAUACUAGAGAAGGUGAAAAAUGCGUUGAAAUUCAGCAACGAACUGUGAUAGCAAAUAAUCCAACGACCAUUGGAGAAAUUCCG